AUGGCCCCUCUCUUCAUCCAGCUUCCGACAGUUUCAAGGCACAACGUGCUCUCCGAGCGGCAGCUUCGCUCCGUCAGAACCAGCGCCUCCUUCUUCGUCGCUAGCGGUAUCCAGAUACACUUCGUAUUUAGAUCUCACGCCGACUUCCAACAUCAUUGGUGCUUGUUCUUGAUAAAGGACAAACUCUACGGUCCACCGGGAAAUACUGGUACCAAUGGUGUCAUAGGCAAGCUGGGGCCCCCAGGAGAUCAAGGACCACCUGGAGCAACAGGGAUCAUUGGGCCCCCUGGAUAUAAAGGAAAGGACGGAGCCAUUGGACCUGAAGGACCCUCUGGACAAAAGGGAGAAAAGGGUGAAAUUGGUCCAUUGGGAGGUGUUGGUGUAGCAGGGCUGGAUGGUGAGCAGGGUGAACCUGGUAGUGUGGGUGAAGAAGGCCCUGUGGGAAUAAAGGGAGAACAGGGUGAUCGCGGGCAACUGGGAAUAACUGGGCCUAAAGGGGCCAAGGGAGAACAAGGAGAUGAAGGGAUACCAGGUUCUCCAGGAGAGAGAGGAGAACCUGGAAUAAAGGGAGAAAUGGGGCCCAGAGGUGACUCAGGAGAUCUGGGACCAAGAGGAGAGAAGGGUGUCAUCGGUGCAGCUGGCGCCUCUGGAACCUUUGGGCCCAGUGGGACAGCAGGACAGCCGGGCAUUCGAGGCCUGAAGGGAGAAAAGGGAGAAGCUAACCUGAUGGGUGCUGUAGGUUUGACUGGCAUUCCAGGUCCAGUAGGAGAUCGUGGACAAGCUGGUCUGAUGGGACCGCCUGGAUCCCCUGGAGAAGAUGGUGCCAAAGGAGAAAAGGGUGAAUUAGGACCUCUUGGAAUUCCUGGACUCAUUGGUGACACAGGAGCUGAGGGAUUAGCUGGCGAGAAGGGAGAUGCAGGAGAAUUUGGCAGUCCUGGGUCCACUGGUCCAUCAGGUUCCAUGGGAUCAAAAGGCUCCCCAGGCCCCAAGGGUGACCUCGGACUUCAGGGAGUGAAGGGUGAGAGUGGUCCCAAGGGUGAACCCGGACCCAUGGGGCCAGAUGGAGUAUCUGGAGAACGAGGUCCAACAGGGAAAACAGGAAUGAAGGGUCCUACUGGUGAGCAAGGACCACAGGGUGAAGAUGGACAUCCAGGCAGAAUGGGUCCAAGAGGCCAAGAAGGUUCUGAAGGCAAGAAAGGGGUCAAAGGAGAAAAGGGUGAUAAUGGGCUGGAUGGAAUUCCAGGGCACCCAGGGAAUCCAGGAAGAGAGGGGAAGAGGGGAAAAGCAGGACCAAGAGGACCAAGAGGGAAUAAAGGACUAAAGGGCCCAAGGGGCGAGAGGGGACCAGCAGGACCACCUGGAUCAAUCGGACCUCCUGGCGUUCCCGGGGCAAAACCUGAAAAAGGGAGUCGGGGGGUGAAAGGUCAGAAGGGAUCGAGAGGUGAUGCAGGAAUUUCAGGACCCCCCGGUGACCCAGGCAAGAAGGGGAAACCAGGACUUGAAGGCUUACCGGGAGUAUUGGGCCAGAAGGGUGAGCAGGGAGAUGAUGGUCACCCUGGUGAUGAAGGAAGGAAAGGGUUGCCAGGAGUUCUGGGUCGCCUUGGACUUAAGGGACUUAAAGGAUUUACAGGAAGCCCAGGAAGAAAAGGCAUUCAAGGACCACCAGGUCCCCCUGGUCCUCCUGGUCUACCUGGCCCUUUGCUGAAGAUUUCUGGAGAAGAUUUCCAGCUGAUAAUGAACAAAACCCAUGGCUCAGGUUCCAGGAGCAUAUGGAAGGCUUUGGAAACUUUAAGUAUGGAGAUUCGGCAUAUAGUGGCCCCACCCACUGGAACCAAGGCCAACCCUGCCACAACCUGCAAGGAACUACAGCUGUGUCAGCCCCAGCUCCGUGAUGGUUUCUAUUAUAUUGACCCCAAUCAGGGAUGUCCUUAUGAUGCUCUUCUGGUGUUCUGCAAUUUUACAGCUGAUGGAGCUACAUGUUUGCCAACCAAGGAAAAUGAGGUACCUCCAAAAGGGUGGUUCAAAGAAUAUUCAAAGGAAAGUACAUACCAAUGGUUCAGCUCUACUGAGGGAGGAUUUUUGUUUGAAUAUCCUGGAGUGAAUAUUGUACAGCUUCGUUUGCUAAAACUUCACAGUACCUAUGCCAGCCAAAAAAUAACCUACAAAUGUAAUCCAGGCCUUAAUUCAUUCAGAAGUGACCACAGAACUAUUCAGUUCAUGGGGGACAAUCAAAAGAAAAUAUACAAUGGAUACAAAGGAUUCACAAUCAACUCUGAUGGAUGCUUGUUGAAUGACUCUGGGCCUCACACAGUUGAGUUUGAAGUCACUACCGAUGAGGUUGACCUCCUCCCUCUGAGGGAUUUGGCGGUGUUUAAUAAUGGUGCAGAAACUCAGGAGUUUGGCUUUUCUAUUGGCCAAGUGUGUUUUUAUUAAUCGGUCCAGCCUCGGGGAAGCCGUUGCUGUUCACGAAACCUGAGUCAGCCAACCUGUGCAGUGCCAGUAAACCUGGCAUUGCAAGAAAAGCACUUUUUUCCAAUGGCAAUUUUGUAAAGAUUUUGGUUUCCUCUCUGAGGUCUUGACAAAUAUUUUGGACUAACCCCCUACUGAACGGCCAAAUGUUGUUUACAUUAAUGGUGCGACUCAGAAACAUCUGCUGGCAACUUCUGCAGCCAUUGCCGCCAACCUGUGUGUCGAACUGUGCCAUUUAAUGGUCAAAGCUGGAUUACGGUGUGUCCCCACGUUCAAUCCUGCACUUAAAAUGAACUUUUCAAAACCAGUUUACAGACCAUUGAUUUGGCAGUUUACAAAGUAGCGUCUGUAUGAUGAGCUGUUUGAAAACAGUUGUGUAAAAGCAUUGCUAUUUGUCAGUACUUUACCAUUUACAGUAUACUUCACCUGAACUUUAACUUUCCAAAUGUUAGAUGUUUUAUUUCCCAAUCAUUUCCAUGUUUCAUCCUGAGCCAUCAGAUCUUUGUUCUUAAGCAGUAGUUGUGAUGCCACAGGGAAUUUCCAGGUGCCUACUGAACCAUCCUCUCAAUUUUGUUGGUGGAUUUGAUAUAGUUUUCCGAAGUUCAGAAUAAGUCAGCCGAACUAUUCCUGUGGUGAUGUAACUACUAGAAUUAAAAAAUGCAAUGACAUUUUCUGUUACACAUUCAUAGAUAAAUCAUCUUUUUUUCUGUUAUGAAGGCAUUCUAUAGAAAAGUAUUUCAUGUAUACAACACAUUGUACAGUUGAUCUGUAGUGAGCAUGAAGAACCUUCCAGAAGAGAAUGAUUGUGUUACUUUUGCCAUUGACAGUGUUGUAAAAGCUGAUCGAUCUGACUUGCCCAUGUUGUGGAUAUCUUCUGCAUAUUCAGUGUAACAUUAUAAAAUAAAUCUCUGUUGUCAUUGCAUUUCAAAACAAAAGGAUAACCAGACUGAUGCUCAAACACUUCUGUGGAAGAAAGACAACAUUGUGCACAAAGCCUUUGCUAGCUUUGCGAUCUUUGCACAUUGGCAGAUUUGUCUUAAUUAAACAAGUUUUCAUUUUAAUCUUCUUGUUCCAUUUUGAUACCUAUAAGAUUUAUACUUUUUUUGUACAUUAAGCACAUUUAGAGCUCUCUCUGUAAUAUUGAUCAUGUACAAUAGUCAGAAGGAUUUCUGGAAUGAAAACCAGGCAGGCUAUCCCAGAAUACUUAGCCGUCAAAGGACAGCUGUUCUGUGCUUUUCAACAAAAACCAUUGUAUCUCUGGUGUCAUUUUCUGUACCACGCGUCCUGGUGCUUAUUCCAUGAUUCUAAAUGAAAGUA